GUUUUACACAGUGAAUUAUCUUGAUUAGGGCCUCGUUUUAUCCGAGUCUUUCUUGGUUGAAUAUGGGCGGUCUUCUAUCCUUUCCAGGCCCCUAUAUUGAGGAACAGUGUCUUAACGUUUUACCAUUUCUCGCGGGCCUUUCAAAAAGACAAUUUAAAAUUUUGUUGGAAGCUUGCGUUCAAAAUCAAUACAAAGCAGGUUGUCUAGUCGUUUCUGAAGGUGAUUCACCUGGUUUUAAUAUUAUAGUGUCUGGUUCCGUUGAAGUGCUUUCUGUUGAAAAAGAAAACUUUGUUAGCAGACUUGGAGCUGGCAGUUGGUUUGGAGUACUCGACUUAACUGAUAAAACACCUCAAAAAGUGUCACUUGUUGCUGUUGAAGAUCAAACUACUAUUUUGACAAUAAAGCGAUCGCACUAUGAAGCUCUAAAGGAGAAAGAUCCUCACGUAGCUGCUUAUCUGUCACCCAUUAGCGACGGUUCUACACUUAUAAAGCUAAAAAACGUUGCGUUUUUACAAGGAUUGAGCGAGACAAUAAUCCAGCAGCUCUUUUGGCUCUUCCAGUUUCGCUGCUGUCCAAGCGGGACGGUCGUUUGCAAGCAGAAUGAAGUUUCCGAUGGGUUUUAUUUAAUUGUUUCUGGUCGAUGUCAUGUCAGUGUACUGGACGUGAACACCAACACAUCCGUCUUUCUGUGCUCUUUACAAUCCGGCGAGUGGUUUGGCGAAAUAUCUCUGAUCGAGCAUACCAACCGCACUGCGGACGUUGUGGCUUUUGAGGAUUGCUUGUUUCUUUUUCUUUCGCCAGAAAAUUUCAAUAAGUUUAUUCAAGUUCAAGAGCGCCAUAUUCAAGGCAGCUGUCGUGCAUUUGAUUCUUUGAUAAGUAAAAGAACAACCUCGUCGUUGAAGGCGGUGUCCCUCUUCAAUUUUUUGGUUACCAAAGAGAUAGGUCCCGUUAGAAAGUUUGAUGAGGAGAGGCUUGCGUUGUUGGGUUGUCUUUUUAAGUUUGAAAAGUUUGAAGAAGAUCAAGUUAUUUUUCAACAAGGUGAUCAAAGUGAUGCAAUGUUUAUUAUUGUAUCUGGCUCCGUUAGCAUGUCCGUUCAGGUGGGAGAUGAGGAAACUCGGUUGCUCGAACUCCGGAACGGUGACUUUUUCGGUGAAAUGGCUCUUUUCUCAGACUCCCCGCGACCUUUUAAGUGUGCAGCCAAGUCGGACGUUGUCUGUCUCAAGUUGCUCCGUAAAAACUUUCAAGCGUUUUUACAAGUUUCGCCGUCCAUCAGUGAGAAUGUAGAGCAAAUAAUUAGGAAGCGAACUGGGGACUUUUUACUUCGCAUCCCGUUUUUUAGUCAUAUUAAAGAAAAUAAGCCGUGGAGUAAACUUUCCUUACUUGGAAAUCUAUGCCAGUUUGAAUUUUUUCCGUCAGGAAGCACUGUUUUUCGCGAGGGUCAACCCGGAGACAAAUUUUACGUUAUUGUUACUGGCCAGGUCAAGGCGUCCGUCUUUGUGGACGGCUCUGACCACAUCUUGAGCGAAUUGGGCCCCGGCGACUUUUUCGGCGAAGUAGCGUUGACGUGCGACACUACAAGAACCGCCACUAUUACUUGCAAGGAAGCAACCGUUGUCCUUUCGUUGAAUAAGAAAAAUUACGCGGCAUUUCGCAGCCUUGCACCAGAACUCCAACCAAUAAUUCAGCGUUUUGUCGAUGCAAGAACAGUGAAUACCUUAAAGAUGCUGUCACUGUUUAAGAAGGUUAAGGAGAAUAAGCCUUGGAGUAAAAUGGAUAUCCUGGCAAAGAUGUUCUGUUAUGAACAGUUACACGAGGGCGAUGUUUUUUUAGAAAAAGAUACCGACAAGCUCUUCGUUAAGUUGAGCGGGAGUGUGGCUAUCAUCGAUAGCGACGACACUGAGCACGAUGUGAGCGACGGGACGCCGUUUGGAGACCCGUUUAUGCUCAGCACGUUUCAAAGUUCUGUUGACGAUGUCUCCUCGGAAAAGGAGGUUGAAGCAGCCAAAGGCAGGAAAGUUAUUGCUAAAAGCGAAGCUUUAGUAAUAAGUCUCACUCGAGGGCAACUCGAAAAGUUUUUUAAGAUUGCUCCUGAGUUGAAGCAAGAGAUCCUCUCAACUUUCAGAAAAUAGCAGUAAAAAAAAAGGAUGAGAGGACCACGAGAAUCGAAAUCGCUCCUUAACUGAUUGGCGCUGAGAAUAACUUUUUGGCCGGGUUCAAAGGCCGGCAGUCCUAAAUAAGGGCAGGUCGAGCAGC